AUGUCCAGCUCCCGUGGGGAGAGCAGUGUGGGAGCGUGUCCAGCUCCCGUGGGGAGAGCCGUGUGGGAGCGUGUCCAGCUCCCGUGGGGAGAGCCGUGUGGGAGCGUGUCCAGCUCCCGAGUCCCUGUGCUUCUGCAGCUGCUGUUGGAGGCUCGCCCCUUGGGGGCCGACCUAUCGGCCUCCCACCGCACUCUUACUUGGCUGCUGCGGGCCGGGGCACAGCUCCCACCAGAGGGCGAGGCGGGGAGCUCUGGGGAGGAUGGCAUUCGGGAUGCACAGCAGCUAAACUGCCCCAUGGAGCAUGCCUGCGUCCGCAGCCCGAGCGUCCUGCAGUGCCAGGCCAGCUGUCAGCACUACAGCACGUUAACAGCCAUGUACACCAUGCCCGCACGAAGGGCCUCCAAUUGGGGAUCUUCCCGGAGCACCCAUUGUCCCAGACCUGGGCGCCUCACCUCCGCACAGUUCCCUGACCUCUCAGGUCUCUACAGCAGAACAGCCGGCGAGACUGCAGGGUUGACAGAGGCAGCCUCUGCCCUGUGUCAGGACGUGGCCAGAGGACAUCUCCCAGUGGGGCCCUCCCCCACCCCGUCAGUGCCACUGUCCUCUCCACAGGUGCUGAACGAGGCCGUGGGCGCUCUGAUGUACCACACCAUCACGCUUACCAGGGAAGACCUGGAGAAGUUCAAGGCCCUCCGGAUCAUUGUCAGAAUCGGCAGCGGCUUCGACAACAUCGACAUCAAGUCAGCUGGGGAUUUAGGUAUCGCUGUCUGCAAUGUGCCUGCAGCCUCUGUGGAGGAAACGGCCGACUCCACCAUGUGCCACAUCCUCAACCUGUACCGACGAACCACGUGGCUGCACCAGGCCCUACGGGAAGGCACGCGUGUCCAGAGCGUGGAGCAGAUCCGUGAGGUGGCCUCGGGGGCGGCCCGGAUCCGUGGGGAGACACUGGGCAUCAUCGGACUAGGUCGCGUGGGGCAGGCAGUGGCGCUGCGGGCCAAGGCCUUCGGCUUCAACGUCCUCUUCUACGACCCGUACCUGUCGGACGGCAUCGAGAGGGCGCUGGGGCUGCAGCGCGUGAGCACGCUGCAGGACCUGCUCUUCCACAGCGACUGCGUGACGCUGCACUGCGGCCUCAACGAGCACAACCACCACCUCAUCAACGACUUCACUGUCAAGCAGAUGAGACAAGGGGCCUUCCUGGUGAACACGGCGCGCGGGGGCCUGGUGGACGAGAAGGCGCUGGCCCAGGCGCUCAAGGAGGGCCGGAUCCGUGGCGCGGCCCUGGAUGUGCACGAGUCAGAGCCCUUCGAGUGGGGCCAGGCUCUGGGGGACACGCACUGCGGAGAAAGCAGUCCUUCUGAGCUGGUCACUGCGGCUGGCAGUCCAUGUGUCACCUCUCCCCUGGAGGGUAGGUUCCACAUGAACCUGGCCCUAUACGGCUGCUUGGAGCCCCGCCCCGCUGCUACUCUCAGCCUGUCAGUUACUGACAUGGAACUCCUCUUCCCCUGA